GCGCUCUCGCGAGAGCCGCGCCGCCAUCUCAGCGCCCGGCGGCGGCGGUCACCGACCGGGACGAGCUCGGCGCCGCCGCUCCUCCUGCCCCGCCGCUCCUCACGGCUUCUCCCCGCCCUGCCAUGCUGUCCCGCCUCGUCCUGCGCGCCGCCCCCGCCGCGCUCAGGGCGCUGCCGCCGCCCGUCGCCGUGGGGGUGUUGCACACCACAAGACCACUGCAUACAACUCAGCAGAGUUUGGCUCCUGUGCCACCUCUGCCUGAGAAGGGAGGAGAAGUUCGUCAUGGUUUGAUCCCUGAGGAGUUUUUCCAGUUUCUCUACCCUAAAACAGGAGUGACAGGGCCCUACAUGUUGGGCACUGGCCUCCUGCUCUACCUUCUUUCCAAGGAGAUCUACGUGGUGAACCACGAGACAGUGGCAGCUGCCUGCAUACUGACAGUCAUCGUUUAUGGCAUCAAGAAGUUUGGGCCUAAUGUGGCAGCUUUUGCUGACAAACUUAACGAGGAGAAGAUGGCCUCAGCCCUGGCCAUGAAGAACGACACCAUCCAGACGCUGCAGACGGCCAUCGAGGAGGAGAAGAAGGAGCAGUGGAGGGCGGAGGGCCGCAGUUACCUCUUCGAUGCCAGGCGGAACAACAUUGCAAUGCUGCUGGAAGCCAACUACCGGGAGCGCCUGCUGACGGUGUACAACGAGGUGAAGAAGAGGCUGGACUACCAGGUGGCCCUGCAGAACCUGAAGAGGCAGAAGGAGCAGGACCACAUGAUCCAGUGGGUGGAGAAGAACGUUGUUCAGAGCAUCACACCUCAGCAGCAGAAGGAAAGCAUUGCCAAGUGUAUCCUGGACUUGAAGGCGCUGUCCAAGAGUGCCCACGCAGCUGUGUGAGCAGUCUGAGCCCACUGACGUGUCCCAGUACCUCCUCUUGGAAACUGUAUGACUCUAAAAUAUCAUUAAACAGACAAAAAAACCCUCUGCUGUCUUUCACUGGCAACAGUCCCUGCCUGUCUGUGUUUGAAGUCGCUGGAUGGUCACAGCAACCACUACUGCUGGUUUGUGGUGGGGGAUGAGUUGGAACCGCAGUGUGUGAGAUCCUGUUGGAUUCCCUCUUUGGUCAGGAACACUUCCAAAGAUACAGAGCUUCACAGAGGAAAAUCCUGCUGCUGAAGCUGAUCCCUGUGUUAGAAUUCUGAGUGAUGGCAGCCCCAGAUACCUGCUGUCCUUGUACACAUGUUCUAAAAUCAGGAUGAUUUGUGCUCCCAUUCCUUGCCCCGCGCUGGGAGGGGCUCUGGGUGAAUGUUCUUGUUCUCUGAAGGAGCUGGAAACCCCCUUUCACCAUAAAGCCUCGUGAAGUGUUGAAAGAGUUUGGGUUCUGGGAGAAGAGGUCGGGCAGGAAACGUGUCAAAAGCUCCUGAAAAGCUCGCCCUCAGCUGGCUGUGUGUGUACCCAGCCUAAAAUGGGACACGGGCACGUUUGUUCCAGAGGAGUUUUCCUGGACUUCCAUCACUCUCUUUGUUUUCUUUUUAUGGGAAGCUUUUCCCUAAAGGAAUUUCUUAAAACUCUAGAAUCCCAGCAAAGCCCCCACACAAAUGAACUCCCUGUGUGUGUGCUGUGGUUUUUGUAGUCCAUAAACCCAGCUGGGCAGACUGGGGGUGUCUGCAAUCCCAUUUCUCUGUGGGGUUAAGAAACAUGGUUUUCUUACACUUCCAGUACCUCAGUUCACCAAAAUGGUGUUCUUGAGAGGCAAGCACCUGACUUGAGCCAGCCUAAGCUGAAGCUGCCUUACUCUUUUUAGACUAACAGCUCCAGAGAAUGCAGGUGUCUUUCACAGUUUCCUGUUUUUGGUCAAUUUAAAUAAAAAAGUGAAGUUGCUUAACUUCCACCAUUGUGUAAGGCCACGUCUUAUUGGCAUUUGAGCCUUCAGCUGGCGUGACAGAUUCUUCUCACAAAGCAAGUGGUUAAAGUGGUGUGCUGACGCUUGGGGAGCUUUCCAGCAGCACUUCCAUGGUGGGAGCUUCUCUUCCUGUCAGUUAAUGCUCUGAGAGAAUGGGAGGCUUUUCCUCAAAAGCAGCUCCAGCCAUGAAAUACUGUACAUGUCACUGGCCUUCUUCUCUGGCAUCCUCCUGACUGUCCUGGUUUUUGCAAUCAUCUUCCUCUUCAGGAAAAGUUCUAAAAGAUCCCACCAAAAUUUACAAGAGGAAACUUUCUCCCAGGUGGCAGCUGAGGAACCUCUUAGGAACACCCAGGGCAGGACACCACUGCCUGUGUGAUGAGGAAAUUCCAAAUGAAAUAGAAAUGAUCCCACUUUCUGGACGUCAGAAACCCUGAGGAUGUUACACCAAGGGAAUGCCCUGGGAAUGCCCCCGUGCCCUCUGUUACACAGCUCUUUUUGUAGCUAUGGCAGGAAAUUGUCUCCUGUUCAAACUGGCUGCCAACAGCUCUGGGAAAAUGGAGAGUUUCUAUACAGGAUUUCCUCAUCUGUAGAAAUCUCCCUGUAAAGUUUCUGUUUGUGAGAACUACCAGAGAGAAGUGAGAAAUGAAAAUGUUUCUUUGCAUCUA